CGAAAUUUAAAGUAUUUUGUAUAUUAAAUGUUAUAAGAUUCUGCAAAUUGUAUUUAAAGUAGAAAUAAAUCUGAUCAUUACUAAUGAUUAAUAGUAAGAAGUGCUUGAAUUGAUUCCUCAUUGUUUUGAAUAAUUUAGAGAUACCUAAAUGAGGCAUCUUUAGUUGGUUAAUUGAUUGGUAUUUUAUUCAUAAAUUAAAUAACAUGGCAGAUUUUAAUCCAUAAGAGAGAGUUAAGAAGAUGGUCAAUGCCAUAAAAGCUGAGGUAAUUUUGAUGAUUAUUUAUUUGAUUAGGCUACUGAGAAAGCUGAAUAGAUAAAGGAUAUGGCUGCUUAAUAAUUCAGAAUUGAAAAGAAUAAGCUUCUUAAUUAAUAGAAAGAGAAAAUUAUUGAAGAAUAUAAAAAAAAGAUUGAAUCAUACACAAUUGAAAAAAGAAUGUAUAGACAUUAAAUAAGUUUAGUUAACGAUCUUCAAAAAUUAAUCAAUCAAGAUUGUCUAAAAUGCAAGCACGCUUUGAAUUAAUCUAAAGGCUUAAAGAAGAAGUUCGUUAGAGAAUGGCUAAGUUAAUAUAAGAUUAAAGUGUCUAUAAAGAAUUAUUAAAGAACUUAAUUAUAUAAGGAAUGAUUAAAUUACUUGAACCUAGAAUUGAAUUGACAUGUUUAGAAUAAGAUGUGUAACUCAUCAGAUCUAUUUUGGGAGAAUGUUAAGAAUAAUUCACUCAAAUUAUCAAAAGGGAAACAACCAAAGAUUUUAAGACAACAUUAAGUAUUAAUUAGAGUUAAUAUCUAACAGAGAAAGCUGGUAAACCUAUGUAAAAUUAUAUUAUUAACAUUUUUAUAGUUUGGGAGGAGUUGUCUUAAGUUGUGCUAAUAGUAGAAUUGUAUGUUCUAACACUUUAGAUGAUAGAUUAGAACUUUCUUUAUAAGAAUUCUUACCAGAUAUUAGAAAUGGAUUGUUUAAGAAAUGAAAAAAUGAGAGUAUUUACAAUAUAAAAAAGCAUAUA